AUGGAGGCGUCGUACAAGGAGAAGUGCGUGGGGUCAGCCUUGUCGGACAACUGUUCCCACGAGGAGGCGUCCGAGUGCCAGGCCGACGCCGAGGGGUUUGGCGGGCAGCACGGCGCCUGGGAAGAUGGGCCCCCAGGCCGUCUUCCCAUCCCUGGCUGGGCCUGCAGCGCCUGGGAAGAUGGGGCCCGAGGCCGUCUUUCCACUCCUGGCGGGGCCGGCGCUGCCUGGGAAGAUGGGGCCCCAGGCCGUCUUCCCACCUCCGCGGAGGCCGCCCGCACGGGGGACAGCAAGCCGAGAGCGCUGGAGCCGAGGGCGUGUGGCGCCGAGGCGCUGGUGGAGGCCCCCGAGGGGACCUCGAAGGGAGUGCGCUGGGCUGAUGACCUCGAUGAGAUCACCCAGCAGGUGGUGCCCGAGGUUUCGGCGGCGGCGGAGGCCCCGACGGAGGCCCAGCAGCUCAUUCUCGGCGCCGCUAUGCUGGCGAGGGAGGCCCUCCAGCGCGGCGGCAUCGCCGAGGGCCUUCGGCUGCUGGAGGCGGCCCAGGCGAAGUGCCUGGAGAACUAG